GGCUAGAUUCCGGGUUGAGGAGGCUAUGGGCGUCAGGCUUUUGGUCGCGGGCCGGGCCGGUUUGAUUAAGUGCUGUGGUGCCUUGCCCAGCCCGGUGUGCCGGCCCCGCGCAGCCUCUGUGGUCGGCCUGGGGCCAUCUUUGCUGCGCCUCCGUUUUUUCACGUGUGGAGUGACAGCUGAACGGAUGAUGUGUGCAAAGGAGUGUCAGCAACCUGACGCUCGAAUGCAAAGACUCUUGGAGUUACAACACCCAGAAAGCCUGUCUUGUCAGUCAGUGCAAGAAAAAUUAAGGACAAUGCAGCUGACUGGCACAAUUUAACCCUGAAAUGGGAAACCCUCAGUGAUGCAGGUUUUACCACCGCAAAUAACAUUGCCAACUUGAAAAUCAGUUUAUUGGUCUUGCUGAGUUGCUUAGAGCCUUGCUAAGUUAAUGAGGCUGGCCUCCAACUUACGAUCCUCCUGCUUCAGCCUCUCGAGUCACUGGGAUUACAGGAGUAAAGACAAGAUAGAAUUAAAUAGCAGCAGCCCAGCUUCCAAUGGAAAUGAAGAAAAGAUGUAUCCACAAUAUGAUAAGGAGCUUGAGGUGCUAUGUGAGGAACUACAGGCCACCUUGGAUGGUUUGACCAAAAUACUGGUGAAAAUGGAAAAGCUGUCUUCAACUACCAAGGGAAUUUGUGAACUAGAAAAUUACCAUUAUGGGGAGGAGAGUGCUCGGCCCCCUUUGUUUCACACGUGGCCUACGACCCACUUCUAUGAGGUUUCCCGCCAGCUCUCAGACAUGUACAGGCAGGAGCUGCUCCUGAAGCGUACUGUGGGUGCAGAGCUGGCGCACACAGUGGACCGGGACCUCAUCCUGAGCUACCUGUCAAUGUGGCUGCACCAGCCCUACGUGGAGAGCAGCAGCAAGCUGCAUCUGGAGAGCAUGCUGCUGGAGACAGGGCACCGGGCCCUGUGACCUUUCCACUCAGCUUGGCUCCAGACCACUGACAUCUUCCCUGUCCCCCAGUGGGGGGGACAUGGUGUUGUGCCCAGGACUAGAGCCUUCUCUCUGGCCUGGCUGCCCACCAGCCUUCGUGGGGUUCUGGACCACAUGGCAGCUUCUGUGGCCUCUCCAGGGGUGCUCACCCCUGCUGUGGCCACCCUUCCUUUUUGCCUCGUCUACCUGUCAUUCCUGACCUGAUGAGUUCCUGAACAGAGAGACUGAGGGGUCCGGUUUUUGUGAGUUAAGUGUACUUUAUAGGUCACUCACCUUGAUGUAGAAAACCCCUCAUUACAUAUUUUUACUUUAUACCUAUCUGUAUUUAGAUUUUUAUGAGCACAUAUUCUAUGAUUACAACUAAUGUUUAAAAUCUUAUAGCGUCAACUGGGUAAAGUUUGGCAUCAUGGAAAUGAAAACUGCCAACAAAAACACAGCCAUGGUCUGCAUGUCCAGGAUGGGACAGGCCAGUGAGAAGUCCUCUGAUCCCAAACCAUGCACAUUCCAUGGGACUGUGUAUGCUGUGAAAUUGAAUAAAUGUUUAAUUGUG